UAGCAACCGGACCGGCCGACCUGCUACGUGAUUGUCCGGCGUCCAUGACUGUCGGCGGAAAGAAGGCCUGCGCCAACAGGCUUGACCCUUCUUCUUCCUCCUCUUUCCGAACACCUCUUUUAGUUCAUCCAUGACCGUUAAUAAUAUCGCAAUCGGGUGAAAUGCGAUCCCAAAACUAAUGAAGGUUGAAACGUUGUACUACCCAAACAAGCAGUUCAAGAAGGAUUUGAAAAAGAACAAUUGGUGGCACUACUCGGCGCUGCUGCUGGAGGAGGUGGUCGUAGUUGUAGUAGCCGUAGUAGCUGUGCUGGUGGAGGCUGUGGAAAGCGCCCUUCCGCCCACCCGGUGUUAACCUGUUGUUUAUGUGGUCUUCCUUGCAGCAGCAGCAGCCUUUUCCAACCUCCUCCUCCUCCUCCUCCUCAUCUCCUUCCCCGACAUGUCGUGUAGUGGCAACAAGGCGGCGGCGCCGAUGGCGUCGAACACCGACGAUAUCUCCAUCCCCGCGAAGACCCCGUGUGGUGAGAAUGAGGUGUGCCCCUCUUCCCAGGGUACAGCCAACUCUGGUGAGGGGGUGACGGCCCCCGCAGCAACCGAGGUGCGGUUGGUGUCCGGGGGUCGUGUGGCUACCAGAUUGGCCUCCUCGUCUUCCGCCUCAGCCUCUCCGGGACACCUACCGAGAGACGACGGCUAUUGCUCUUCAGACUCCACUCCAAAGGGCUCAGGUGAGCGUCGGGUGGCAGGGGUGUUGCCCUACCCACGAGGUGGCAGCACCGAACUUGUUCCCUUGGGUGGAGGGGAGGUGCUUGCGACUAAACCUUCAGCUACCCAAUUCGAGGUGGAUGGACCAGUUGGGGGAGAUGGAGGAUCGGGAGGAGUGCCUGUUGCUGCAGUCGCCCCACGAACCCCAAAGGCCGCACCCAAUGGGCCAACAACUAAUGCCCACGCAUCAGGUUCGACACCUGCCCCAGGACCCCCCGGUGUGGUCGACGAUGGUCGGGAGUCCUGGGGAAAGUCCAUGGACUUCCUGCUGUCCAUCAUCGGCUUUGCUGUGGACUUGGCCAAUGUGUGGCGUUUCCCCUUUCUCUGUUACCGCAAUGGAGGAGGUGCCUUCCUACUGCCCUACUUCCUGAUCACAGUGUUUGGGGCUCUCCCCCUCUUCUUCAUGGAGCUGGUUUUGGGCCAGUACAAUCGACAGGGCCCCAUCACUGUCUGGAAAAUUUGCCCUUUAUUCCGAGGAGUUGGAUACUGCGCAGUGCUAGUAGCUUAUUUCGUCAGUUUUUACUACAACGUGAUCAUCGCCUGGUCCAUUCAUUAUGUUUACGCCUCCUUCAGUUACGUUCUUCCUUGGACCUCUUGUAACAACACCUGGAACACAGAUGAUUGCUGGGAUGGCCUCACAUCUGAGGAACCAAGGCCUAAUUCUACAUCUCUCAUGUCCCCCUCAGAGGAAUAUUUCAAUUAUGUAGUCCUGCAAAUGCACAAGAGUGAAGGAAUCGAUGAUCUCGGGGCUCCUCAGCCUAGUCUCGUCAUCUGCGGACUCAUUACUUAUUUCAUCCUCUACCUCUCUCUCUUCAAAGGAGUUAAGUCAUCUGGAAAAGUUGUCUGGGUGACAGCCACGAUGCCCUAUGUAAUACUGACGCUCCUCUUAAUCAGGGGGGCUCUACUUCCCGGAGCGGCAGAUGGUCUGUUGUAUUAUAUUAAGCCUUCCAUAUCUGCCUUAUCUAACCCCCAGGUGUGGUAUGAGGCAGCUGUGCAAGUCUUCUUCUCUGUAGGAGCUGGCUUUGGAGUACACCUGUCCUAUGCUUCGUAUAACAACUUUAACAACAACUGUUAUCGGGACUGCUUGAUUACUAGUCUAGUCAAUGCUUUCACUAGUUUUUAUUCAGGUCUUGUAAUCUUCACAUAUUUGGGUUACAUGGCUUUCAAGCAAAAAACUCCCAUCAGCGCUGUGGCAACAGAUGGUCCUGGAUUAGUGUUUCAAGUAUAUCCAGAAGCUGUGGCAACACUUCCAGGAUCUCAACUGUGGUCCUGUUUAUUCUUUCUCAUGCUCAUCGCAUUAGGAUUAGACUCUGGGAUGGGAGGUCUGGAGUGUGUGAUCACCGGACUUCUGGAUGAGCUUCGCCUGACCUUCGGCAAGAACACCAUCAGGCGGGAAGUCUUCACAGCCAUCGUGGUGGCCUCCUCCUUUCUGGUUUCCAUCUCUAAUUUUUGUCAGGGAGGAAUGUACGUCUUCCACUGGCUAGAUACUUAUGCAGCAGGAAUUUCUCUAUUGUGUUCAGCUCUGUUUGAAGCGAUCGCUGUCUCUUGGUUUUAUGGUUUACAACAAUUCUGCGCUGACAUCCAGCACAUGCUGAACUUCAAACCGAAACUGUAUUGGCGAGUUUGUUGGAAAGUGAUUUCUCCUCUCUUCAUCCUUAUCACUAUCGUUAUCGGUCUCGUGAGCCAGUCGCUGAGUCGGUUGGAGUACCACGGUCCUGUUCUGUAUACGUAUCCACACUGGGCGGAAGCUGUCGGCUGGCUCAUAACUUCUUCGUCAAUGUUGAUGAUACCUCUCUGGAUGAUUAUAUCUGUGUGUCGCCAACCAGGAUCUUUGAGACAGAAACUGUUACUGGCAAUCACUCCAGAAGCAGAACAUGCGAGCGUCUUGCAGACUGGCGAAUCAUCUCGACUUGAAUGGGCUCACUGGUUCCACUUCUGAGUUAAAGCAAAUGUCGUCAUCAUGUACUACAUUGUUAAUCCUUUCAGCCACCAGAAAAUAUUCACAGUCGAAAGUCUUGCCAUGACCAUUCCUUAAUUUCGUCUCAACUUUUCAGUUUAGAAACAGCCAAUGUCAUGCACUAUGUACGUAAGACACUUCUGCAUAAUCGCAGCUGAUCAGUGCUCUUUGUCGAGAUUCUUCAAAAGUGAUGCCAGACUCAGGAAGGCGGUUUUAUGUGCAGACAGCAGAGCCUACAUCAAACUAAUCUUGAUCACGCUUAGUACAAGUUUCGAUUACCGUUAAACAAGCAUGACCACAUUCCUCCUUGGGGAAAAUACGUGCUAAUUAGACACGAUUUAAAGGAAUAGGCCUAUAAAAGAUAUGCACGAACUGUCUGACAUCGCCAAUAAUAUGGUUCAGAGAAUUUUUGGCCGAAGACUUAAAUCUAGCUAUAGCCAUUAUUUGCUUCAUGAAUGAGUCUGUCAAAUGGGACCAGGUAUUGGAAAAUGACAUUGCGUGAUGCGCGCGCGCCCGCACACACAGACAC